GGGAGAUAAAAACAUACUUUAGACUUUACUUUCAGUUUUAUGCUUUUAUUGAAUUUAAUGGAUUGACAAGAAGUUUUUAAAGUGUAUGAAGUAUGGUUGUGGGAAACAUUAGCUGUUGCGUGUCAUGUCAGCCAUGCGACAGAGGGAGGUAUUGUCUCCCAUUGUCACCACACCUAACAUUCCCCAACGCCAUCAAUCACAGUCAUCUAUUUAUUCACCAGCCAUAAAUAAAGGCGUGAGCAGUCCCGCUACGUUGCUCAUGGAGCAGCAGGAUGAUGAACUUGAGCGCAAGGCCCGGCGCAGGUCCCGUGUCAUGGACCUCCAGCGCAAGAACCUUGGCAGUCCCAGCUCGCCUGCUGACAGACGAAAAUCUUUACCCCUUCAAGGUUUAACAACUGCACAACUUACAGAGCACUACACAAGCUGUAUCAAACUAUCUGCAGAAAAUAAAAUCAAUUCCAAGAAUGCAUUCGGUCUGCACCUCAUCGACUAUAUGUCUGAACUGCUGAAGAAGAAGGAGUUAGAAAACUUCCAGGUUGCCAGCACCACUCUGGACGCGAGUGCCAAGAUCUAUGCUGGUCGUGUGGACGCCAUCCAUGCAGAGACGUACAAGGUACUCAGUGGUCUCGGCAGGACUGGCAAGAAGAAACUUGCAGAAGGUGAGGAUGGGGAGGCAGAUGAUGUGGCAGAGACUGGUGAUGGGGACGAACAGAAACAGGAUGACAAAGUGAAGAAAAAGAAAAAGGCCAGAAAGAGCAAGACUGUGGAGACGAACAUCAAGAACCUCAACGUGAAAAAAUUUGAUCUGGAAUUUGAGGUUGACCCGCUAUUUCAAGUGAUGUCGGCCGCGUUUGACGAGGGGGGCAGUAGCGGGUUGUUGCUGUCCAACCUGCGAACGUUUGACAACACCCAGCGCCUUGUUCUUGACUCCACCACCCUGAUAGCUCCCGUAGAGGACCUUGACACUUCACGGCUGGAAGAACGCAGCGAGAAUGUGGACGUAUCACAGUUUAAAAAUAUAUUCAGUUCAGAGGGCGUCUCCAACUUGCAAGUGUGUCCAGCGUUUUCCACCUACAGGUUUACAAACUGGGACUCUACUGAACAGAGUUCACUGCCCGGGCUGAGCCAGUCCCAGGAAGGUCACAGGUUUGACAUGGAUGCUGACCUGGAGCCUAUACCAGAGGACUUGGAUGAUAACAUGUCCAUGAUGGGCGCCGGCGAGGGGUACCCUGAUGAUGUCGAGGAUGUGGCUGAUACCAAUCUAGAUGACGACACUGGUCCGGAGAACUGCAUAGGGGAUGGCAAGGCGGCCAAGCUGGUGCAGUCAGUGCUGCAAGAUAUGACGCAUGGCACUACAGGCACCCUGAUGCAGGUGUUGACAACAGAGCCCUCGGACUACUCCUACUUCAACAAGGCACUGCUGAGGUCCUGGGCUGGACCUGCUCACUGGAGGGCUGGGCAUCUCUCUAAAGACUCCUGGAAAUCUAUGGUUCUUUCGAAAAAGGACAAAACAAAAGGCAAAAAAGCCGUGUUCCGAAUAGACUUUGACGAAGAAAUAGACUUUGAGGCUAAAGCGAAGACUUCAAAGUUCAUUGCAUUGACGCACAACACGUUAAAGAAAUACAGCAAGGACCAGACAACGCUGCCCAAGGACCAUCACUAUGACGCCGACCAGUUCUUCAGGCUCUUUAUGCUCAAGCAGCGCAUGAUCCGUCGUCAGAAGUCUAGUGCUGACGUGGAUGACGCCAUAGACAACUACGACUAUGAGAACAUUAAUGACAGGGAGAACUACUGCCCCAACGACGAGGUGGAUGAUGACAACGACAGCGGGGACAUAGACUUUGGUAACUUUGUUGCUGCGGGAACAGACCUGACCCAGGAGUCCUCGUCACAGGACCCGUUCUCCCAGACCCAGGACGUGUUCACACAGCCCCACCCUGGGGACGCCACCAUUCUCACAGGGGACAAGCUGCUUGCUCAGCCCUACAAGGUUGCCAAGAUUGAUAUAGACUAUGCCAAGACUGCCAAGAAGUUGGAUGUGAAACGCCUUAAGUCUUCCAUGUGGCAUUUAAUGAAGGCUGCGCCCUUGGGCACUGACCAGCCACCAGGUUCAUCCUCAGACGGUAACGUGAACAACUCUGCCACGACCUCUGAGCCAGUCCCAGGUCCCAGCGGAGAGGUCAAGGAGAUGAAGGGGCAGAUCACGUUCCAGAAGCUUCUAGACGACCUCCCUUCCAAGGUCAUGGGUCAGACUGCCAAGAACCUCAGCGUACCCAUCGCCUUUGUGUGUCUGCUGCACCUGGCAAAUGAAAAGACUCUGAAGAUAGAAGAAGUGAACAUGGAAGAUCUGUUGAUCUCUCAGGGACUAUGAGACCUCUCACCAGGGUCUGGCCAUACAACGAUCUCCUCUUGUAGUUGAACAUUGAAUGAGCUUCUUUCUGGGAUAACUGGGCUAAAUUCAUUAGCGUAAACUGUCGUCCCAGAUUAGCCUGUGCGGAAGACACUUUCCGCCUAGACUGGGUUUUAUGUUUAGAAGAGACUUCCUUUAAACGCAAAAAUCCAUAAAAAUGGAAAGUGUAGUCACUAAUUAGCGAUUGCAGUGAGACUGCACAUGCUUAUCUGGGACACCGCUUAACGGAUGCAUUAAGCCCAGUGUUUAUCAGAAUGAGGCUGGAGUAAGAUACACAACUCAACAUAGAUACCAUAGUUGUCAUGUACACUCAGGAACAGUGAAAUUAACUGUCUGUAUGUUAAAGCUUUUUAUAGGGCACUUCAAAGCAAUUCAUGUGGAAAUGUUUAUUUUAAUAAUAACUACAUCAAUAAUGGGCUGAUAUGGUCUCUGAAACUUCAUUAACACAAAGAUUUUUUUAUUCUGUGAGCUGAUAAACAGUAACCCAAUAUAGGUGAGGACCUGUCUUGAAUAUGUAAUCAAUGACAUUGGACUUUCUUGCAUGGAGUUAACAUUUAUAUCAAGAACUCACAUGGGAUGGGUAAGGUCUAGGUCAAGAGAUUUUCCAUGAGGUGGGUGAGAUCUAGGUCAAGGGAUUUCCCAUGAGAUGGGUGAGAUCUAGGUCAAGGGAUUUCCCAUGAGAUGGGUGAGAUCUAGGUCAAGGGAUUUCCCAUGGGUUUGGUGAGAUGUAGGUCAAUAGAUUUCCCAUGAGGUGGGUUAGAAUAGGUCAAGCGAUUUCCCAUGAGAUGGGUGAGAUAUAGGUCAAGGGAUUUCCCAUGCGGUGGGUGAGAUCUAGGUCAAGGGAUUUCCCAUGAGAUGGGUUAGAUCUAGGUCAAGGGAUUUCCCAUGAGAUGGGUGAGAUCUAGGUCAAGCGAUUUCCCAUGGGGUUGGUGAUAUCUAGGUCAAUAGAUUUCCCAUGAGGUGGGUUAGAUAUAGGUCAAGGGAUUUCCCAUGGGUUUGGUGAGAUCUAGGUCAAGGGAUUCAUGAGGUGGGUGAGAUCUAGGUCAAGGGAUUUCCCAUGAGGUGGGUGAGAUCUAGGUCAAGGUCAUUAACAUUUUCUUCUCUUUGAGUAAAGUUUUUGAAUCCUUAGUGUUUAUUUGCUAGAUGUUCCUUAUUGAUGUCAACUGUAUGUAAACUGCUCUAUGUCCGGUGUAUCUAUCAACUGCUCAUUGAUUUUAUCAUUGUAUAGAAAAUGUGUAAAAUGCUAGAAUUUUACUUUUCAAAAUAAAGCCAGUUGAAUGGUUUUGUUUUAAUGACACAUGAAUUUUUAUUUAUAUGUAUGCUGUCAAAUUAUUAGGUUUUAAUUUAUUUGUGGUGUGCAUUAUUCAAUUAUGUACAUGUUAUGCUGUAUUUUUAAUUCUUUCUUUAAUCAGUGAAACCUGAUAUGUUGUACAUAAUCCAUUAAUAUAUAUCCCCAAGUUUUGUAUACAUUUCACACUUCAUACGUACAUGAACAUUCGCUCAAUCAACAGUUAAUUAAGACCUUCAGUCAACACAUCAUUAAGUCAACAAAAUAUUCUCUCAGGAAAUACUUUCAUAUGCAGUACAUUCACAACAGUUUGUUAUAUGCACAAUGUCUUUUGUUUCAUAUAUAAAAAAUAAAAAGAUACUGCACAGCAUUUGUUGAAAUAUUUUUUGAACAUGAUAUAAACAUACUAUAAGGCACUUUGUAUGUGUUUUUUUAAAGUGGUAUAAUGAUGUAAUUGUCAAAUCCACAUUCGUGACAAGAGUGUUCUUCCAAGGGAGAUAAUCUUUUUUUUAAAUAAAUAAUCUCUAGUUUUGUCCCUUGUAUUGAAAUGUAACCUUUUCAAACAAUUCAGCAAUAAAACAUCCCUGUCAAUGUGUGAUGGAUAUGGAUCUAUAAAAGAAUAAAAUCAACACAAAUUUAA